AUGGAGACUUCCUCGCUGCUGUCCUCCUUGAAUGAUGAGUGUAAAUCUGACAAUUACAUUGAGCCUCACUACAAGGAAUGGUAUCGAAUAGCCAUUGAUAAGCUGAUUGAACAUGGGCUAGAAGCAUACCAGGAAUUUCUUGCCAAGGAGCGAGUAUCAGACUUUCUAGCUGAGGAAGAAAUUAAUUAUAUUUUGAAAAAUGUCCAGAAAAUUGCACAAAGUACAAUCCAUGGUACUGACAAUUCCUGCGAUGAUACCUCAUCUUCAGGGACGUAUUGGCCCAUUGAAUCUGAUGUGGAAGCUCCAGAUCUUGACUUGGGCUGGCCAUAUGUGAUGCCUGGACUCUUAGGGGGUACCCACAUAGACCUCCUCUUUCAUCCACCAAGAGCACAGCUACUUACAAUUAAGGAAACUAUUCGGAAAAUGAUAAAAGAAGCCAGAAAGGUCAUUGCUUUAGUGAUGGACAUGUUUACAGAUGUGGACAUUUUCAAAGAAAUAGUGGAAGCAUCAACUCGAGGGGUAUCUGUAUACAUUCUGCUUGAUGAAUCCAACUUUAAUCAUUUCCUAAAUAUGACUGAGAAGCAGGGUUGCCAAGUUCAACGUCUCAGGAAUAUUCGAGUGAGGACAGUAAAAGGCCAAGAUUAUCUUUCAAAAACAGGAGCCAAAUUUCAUGGAAAAUUGGAGCAGAAAUUUUUGUUAAUUGACUGCCAGAAAGUUAUGUAUGGUUCUUACAGCUACAUGUGGUCAUUUGAAAAAGCUCACUUCAGCAUGGUUCAGGUAAUCACAGGACAACUUGUUGAGUCCUUCGAUGAAGAAUUCCGGACACUGUAUGCCAGGUCCUGUGUCCCCAGUCCGUUCGCACAGGAAGAAUCAGCCCGGGUGAAGCACAGCAAAGCUCUGUGGGAGAACGGCACUUACCAGCGUUCCCUCUCUUCCCUGGCCUCCGCUUCCAGCCAGAGAAACUUCCUUGCUAGACAAGACCAAAUCCAUAACCUAGAUGCCAAUUACUUCAAAAGCAGAGGGCUAUACGCUCGGAAUGAACACGACAAAUACAGCAUGAGGAAUCCUGGAUACAAACCUCAUUUCGUUCCCAACUUUAACGGCCCCAAUGCCAUCCGUCAGUACCAGCCCAGUCAGAAUGAAAACUGGAAGAGACACAGUUAUGCCGGGGAACAGCCAGAGACGGCGUCAUACCUGCUGCUGAAUAGGACCAUGAACCGCACCAUCAAUCCUCCUGGGAACUGGAAAAAGCCUUCGGAUAGCCUGAGUGUGGCAUCCUCGUCCCGGGGAGGCUAUGCGAGCCCCCAGGUCACCCCUGCCCAGAGUUUUGGCAAUUGGCUUGCCCAGAGGAAAACAACACAUCUUGGCGAGAGGAAUUCCAAUGUGCGGAGGUCUUUUAACGGGACAGACAAUCAUGUUCGCUUUUUGCAACAACGGAUGCCAACCCUGGAAAAUACCACCAAGUCAUUCUUGCGCAACUGGAGGAUCGAAUCCUACCUAAAUGACCAUUCGGAAGCCGCGCCUGAUUCCAAUGGAUCGGCUCCGGGUGACCGGUAUGAGAACUACGGUAGCUGUGAGAACCUGAAAGCCAGCGCCCUCUAUACACAUCCCCGGGUUCGCCCCUCUUUAGUGUUUAAACCAACUUUACCUGAGCAGCAAGAAGUGAAUAGCUGUACAACUGGCUCUUCCAACUCCACUAUCAUUGGUUCCCAGGGGAGUGAAACCCCCAAGGCGGUCCCAGAUACCCCUACGAGGGCAGAGCAUUUGACGGAUGAACCUUUGCCAGAAUCCAUCCCCAGGCUACCGCUGCAGGCAGAGUCGCCAAAAAUGCACCCCUUGCAGACGCCUGAAAACCACUCAGCAGUCCUACAUCAAACUGCAGAUGGCCACCCGGAGUCAAACAACUACUUAUAUACAAACUUGUGUGCCAAUAAGGAGACAGAAAACCUAAAGAAUGAACAGCAAAAAGAGAAUCUGCUUAAAAGGCGAAGUUUCCCAUUCUUUGAGCACUCCAGAGUCAAUUUAGACCAUGGAAAUAGUAAGAAUUAUGUUUAUAGUACGCUUACCAGGAAUCGAAUCCGGCAGCCUGUAAAACCCAAAGAGGACUUGCUGAAAAGUUCCAAAAGCAUGCACAAUGUGACCAAGAGUGUGGAAGAGGAGGAGGAGGAGACCAAGGGAGACCCUCCGGGUGGCGCAGCUACCAAGUCCAUUUCCAUCGCUGCUUUGCUUGAUGUGAAUAAAGAGGAGUCUAACAAAGACCUCACUCCAAAGAAAGAAGUUAAGGGUUCCCCCAGCUUUCUGAAAAAGGGAUCUCAGAAGUUAAGGUCAUUGCUUAGCCUUAGCCCAGACAAGAAAGAAAAUUUAUCCAAAAGCAAAGCAUCUCCCUUUUAUAGAAUGUGUAGCAGUUCCGACACUCUGGCUUCUGAGGCUGAAGAGAAUCAAAACCCCAAAAAGUCAGAGCCGAAAGUUGAGUUGUCUCCAAGAAGAAAGCGUGCUUCCUCGUCAACCUCUCAAGGCAGCAUCCACAAGAGUAAGGAGGACAUAAUGAUUAGCCCCUCGCCAGGGAUGCAUUCUCCACCCGCUGAAAGUAAUGAGAUGAUGCCUUCUCCAAGUCCAGUUGAAAAGUUCUUAGAACGGGCGGGGGAUGCCUCUGCCCCAAGAUUUAACACGGAACAGAUCCAAUACCGAGAUUCAAAGGAGGUGAAUAGAGUUGUUGCUCCUGUAAGAAAACCAGCUCUUCCUACAAGGUCACAGCCCAAUGAGCUGCUAAGAACUCAGUCAACUGACCGUCGCAUUUACAGUCGUUUUGAGCCAUUUUGUAAGAUUGAGAAUUCUAUCCAGCCCACAAACAGCAUGUCCAAUAGCAGUAUACACCGCCCAGAAAUAAAACCCACCACCAUGGGCAAUAGCUAUGGAAGGUCCAGUCCAAGGCUUCAUUACAACACUAAUGUUUACCACACGUAUCAGCCAAAUGAAAACAAGUUUCGAGGAUUUAUGCAAAAGUUUGGAAACUUCAUAAACAAAAAUAAAUGA